CCACCGAGCCACGGGCGUCCGUCCUGCCCCCGGCCUCGUCUAUCGUUGGCAGCGGAAGUGGAAGUGGAGGGAAAGCGGAAGUGUAUAAAGAGCCAGGAAGAGAGUGAGGGAGUUGGUGUGGGAGGAGAGGUGAUGGCUGCAGCAAUGGAAACUGAGCAACCUAACAUUGAGGUCUUUGAAACAGCCUCUGCAAGUGCUGCCGUGGACAUUGAAGAGGCAGAAGAACUUGAGCCAUACUAUGUGGCGAGGUACUCCUGGAGUCGCUUACGGAAGUUAAUCACUGACAGCAGGAAACUGCAUGGGCACAUGAUGGCAAAACCUCCUCAUGAUUUUUAUUUUGUAAAGAAAAAUGAUCCUGAAGGGCCUCAUUCAGAUAGGGUCUAUUAUCUAGCAAUGUCAAAUGAAAACCGGGAAAAUAGAUUGUUCUACUCAGAAAUUCCCCAUAAGAUAAACAAAGAUGCUGUCCUGCUGCUCUCGUGGAAACCUCUGUUGGACUAUUUUCAGUCCGUUCCUGACUAUGGAAUUUACUGUCGUGAAGAAGAGCUGUUGCGGGAAAGGAAAAGAAUCGGAACGAUUGGAAUUGCGUCGUAUGAUUUCCACAAAGAAAGUGGAAUGUUUCUGUUCCAGGCGAGCAACAACAUCUACUUUACAGUGGACGGUGGUAACACGGGUUUCACUAAAGAGCCAUUAAACCCUUCACCAGUAAAAACCAGCUGUUCCAACAUCAGGAUGGAUCCCAAAAUUUGCCCUGCCGAUUCAUCUUGGAUUUCAUUCAUCCACAGCAAUGAUUUGUGGAUUUCUAACAUUGAAACAGGCGAAGAAAAGCGACUAACUUUUGCGCAUAAAGGUUUGCCCAACUUAGAAGAUGACCCCAAAUCUGCGGGAAUCUCUAGCUUUGUACUCCAGGAAGAGUUUGACCGGUACACAGGGUAUUGGUGGUGUCCUUUGGCUGAAGACACUCCAGACGGAGGAAGGAUUUUCAGGAUACUUUAUGAAGAGAAUGAUGAAUCGAAUGUUGAGAUCAUCCAUGUGACUUCACCCAUGCUUGAAACACGAAGGUGUGAUUCAUACAGGUACCCACGAACAGGGACUCUAAAUCCAAAGAUAACCUUCAAGAUGUCCGAAGUAACAAUAAAUGCUAAUGGAAGGAUUGCGAGUGUCGUUGACAAGGAGUUGGUCCAGCCAUUUGAGGUUAUUUUUAAUGGAACAGAGUACAUUGCACGGGUUGGAUGGACCCGAGAAGGAAAAUAUGCAUGGGCCAUCCUGUUGGAUCGACCCCAGACAAGGCUCCAGAUCGUUCUGAUUCCUCCUGCUUUGUUUAUCCCAGUGGUGGAUGAUCCAGUGGAACGCCAGAAACUCGUGGAAUCUGUGCCUGAUAGUGUAACACCAUUGAUCAUAUAUGAGGAAACAACAGACAUCUGGAUAAAUGUGCAUGAUAUACUUCACAUAUUUCCUCAAGUCUCGGAUGAGAUUCAGUUUAUUUUUGCCUCUGAAUGUAAGACUGGUUUUCGACACCUUUACAAAAUUACAACAGUCUUGGAGGAGUGCAAGUAUAAACGGUCCAGUGGGGGCUACCCCUCUCCAGAUGACUUUAAAUGCCCAAUUAAAGAAGAAUUGCCUUUGACCAGUGGAGACUGGGAAGUGCUCGGGAGACAUGGUUCCACGAUAUGGGUCAAUGAAGCUACUCACCUGGUGUAUUUUCAAGGUACUAAAGACACACCUUUGGAGCACCACCUCUAUGUAGUGAACUACGAAAGUCCCAGGGAGAUUGUACGACUGACGCAGUUAGGCUACUCUCAUAACUGUUUUGUUAGUCAGAACUUUGAUAUGUUUGUCAGCAAGUACAGCAACCAGGACCAUCCACACUGUGUACACAUCUUCCGACUGACUGGAUCAGAAGAAGCCCCUCUUCACAAGCAGAGAGAAUUCUGGGCCACAAUGUUAGAGUCUCCAGGUUGCCCUCCAGAUUACAUUCCUCCAGAGAUGUUCAGUUUUCACAGCAAGUCCGGGUAUAUGUUGUAUGGAAUGAUGUUCAAACCACAUAAUCUACAGCCUAGAAAAAAAUACCCCACCCUGCUUUACACAUAUGGUGGCCCUCAGGUGCAGUUAGUAAACAAUCGCUUUAAGGGAGUUAAAUACCUGCGCUUGAACACGCUGGCAGAGCUUGGUUAUGUUGUGGUUGUCAUAGAUUCAAGGGGAUCCUGCCACAGAGGCCUUAAAUUUGAAGGUGCCUUGAAAUACAAGAUGGGUCAGGUAGAAAUUGAAGACCAGGUGGAAGGGCUACAGUAUUUGGCUGCCAAGUACAGCUUUGUUGACAUGGAACGUGUUGCAAUUCAUGGCUGGUCAUACGGAGGUUAUCUGUCCCUCAUGGGUCUAGUGAGGAGACCAGAAAUAUUUAAGGUAGCAAUAGCUGGAGCCCCUGUAACACUGUGGAUCUUCUAUGAUACCGGAUACACGGAACGCUACAUGGGUCUCCCAGAUAAAAAUGAGAGUGGCUACGAUAUUGGAUCAGCAGCAAUGCAAGUUGACCGAUUUCCUCUUGAUCCCAACCGUCUGCUGCUCUUACAUGGGUUCCUUGAUGAAAAUGUUCACUUUUCUCAUACUACUGUACUGCUUAGCUUCCUCGUCCGAUCAGGGAGACCGUACGACUUGCAGGUGUAUCCCCAGGAGCGUCACAGUAUUCGUGUUCCAGAGUCUGGUGAACAUUAUGAACUGUAUCUACUGUACUAUCUUCAGGAGAACCUGGCUUCCCAGAUUGCUGCCAUGAAGUAGAAGAUAUUGUGUUAUUUUAAAGACUUCCCAUCUCAGCCAACAAAUCAGCACGAUAGAUGGCAGAUGAGAGACACUGCUGCCAUACCCUACUAAUAGUGACUUGCUCUUCCCCCAUAAGUCACUACUAGUAAUUAUCUUUUCUUCAUUAGUAAUAACCUCUCUGUUCUUUAUCAUACAAAUAGCAGUGACAGCUCUGAUUCAAUUUCAGUAAUAGCAACAAUUGCCCUCAUCUCACUUAUCCAAUAGCAUCCCUUUCUCCAUUGCUCACCACCAAUACAUCUGUAUCUCACGGCCAGUACUCCCCAGCACCAUUCCCCCAGUGGCAACACUUAGGUCUCUUUCCCAACCCCCCCCUCCAAAUUAUAAUGCACCACCCAUAAUCUCACUAAUAGUGCCUGACAAUCAUUUUCUGCUGUUUGUACUGAGAAUGUAAAAUAAGACCCAUGAUUACGGAAGCUUCACUUUCCAAGAGCAUGUUACGGGCAUUAAGGAUGAUUUUUUUCUGAAGAAUGUGUCAAUGUCAGUAAAUCUUGAAAAAUGUAGUAAUUUUCCUCCAAUUCUAUGUUGCUUGCUCUUUGAUUCACCGCAGCUACCGAGAACUCAACGUCUUACUGAAUCCUUUCCCUAUGAGUUGAUCAGAUUAGUGAGACUUACCCAUUUGCUUUUGGCUGCCAGCCUUACAGUUCUGCUUUCCAUCACCACAGCAUCUGCUCCCAGCCUUGCCAGUGCUGUUGUUCAUUUGCUUAGUUACCAUAAAAUGGCAAUUACUGUAUUUGCACGGAUUGUAGAGUAAGUGGAGAUGAUUGUGAAACAUUUUUGAGCACUUUAUGUAACAGUAAUGUUUUGAUUAAUGUCUUAAACGGUAUCAUUUUUAUUACUUAAAAAAACUGCACCUGG